AAUAUAGCACUAUUAAUAAGGAAAACGUGAAUGUAUCUCAAUGCUAAGUAAUCGGAUUCUGAUAUCAACAAGGAUUUCUACCGGAAAAAAUCCCACUAUUCAACAAGGAUUCUGAUGUCAUAGAAUUCUAUUGCAAAAGGAACUCUCUUUCUCACCCUAUAUAUAUAAGCUCUAGAAGUAUUAUUAGAAAGAAGCAAAUUUCUUUUGGGUUUUGCCACCAUUCCGAGAAUUUCACAAAACCGUGUACUGUUCCUGCUGCUGGUUCAUGGUCCUGUUCUCCAAGGGAAGCAAAUGUUGUUAUAAAUUAUCAUAAUGGAGCAGGAACUCGAUGAUAGAAUAUCCGCAUUGCCGGAACCUAUUCUGCAGCACAUUCUCUCAUUCAUUCCUUUUAAGCAAAUAGCUCAAUCUAGUAUAGUGUCCAAGACAUGGAACAUGGCCUGGACUUCAUUCCCAUUUCUGAAAUUUGACAGAGAAUUCUUUCAUGACACAGAGCCCAAGCAACAGAGAAUCAAUGAAUUAUAUAAUUUUAUUGAGAGAAUUGUACUCAACCGCCAUAGACAGGAGCUAUAUAUACAAAAGUUUGAACUUUACAUACCCUUACAAACCUUACAUCAGCAAGGACUCUUGGCUCUUGUGAACAGUUGCAUUGGCUAUGCGAUCGAGCUUAAUGUCAAAGAGUUGAACCUUUACACUGAAUCAGGGCAUUUUUCUCACUAUAGCUUGCACCAGAAUGUUCUAGUUUCAAAAUCCAUAACUGAGUUGUGUUUAUAUGGGUGCAACUUAAAGUUAAUUAACUCUGGAGAUAUCAACUUACCCAAUUUGAAAAAGCUGGUAUUUGACACAAUUCCUGUAAAUGAUCAAAUAAUCCAAAAUCUAGUUGAUGGUUGUCCUGUGGUGGAAGAUGUGAGAUUUUCAUCUUGUGAUGGUUUAGAAAGCAUUAAAUUAUCUGGGAUUUCUAAACUAAUGGCUCUUGAGCUAGGAUUUAAUCGUAAACUUAAGACUGUUGUGCUUCAAGCAUCAAGUCUUCAAUCUUUGAAAAUCAAGAGCAGUCUCAAGUAUCCUGAACCAUGGCGGAUCUUCAACAUGGUGACUUGUAAAAAUCUAAAGAAGUUACUGCUAUAUUCAACAAAUGCUGUAACAGAUAGGUGGUUGCAUAAACUUCUUUCUGAACUUCUACUGGUUGAAGAACUGUGCCUACUUCGUUGCUUCAUGUUGGAAAGGAUUAAGAUUUCAGGUCAUUGUAUGAAGAGCUUGUCUUUUUACAGCUGCCAGAAUCUUGUUGAAGUUGACAUUGACACUCCUAAUUUAGACAAUCUUUCCUAUAAUGGCCAGAUUAUAUCAUUCUCUUUGAAGGCUUUGAAAGUAUUGAAAGUUUGCCUCACUUUUGUUGGUUCAUUCCCUGAGACAGCCUCGCAUGAUAAAAUGAUCGAGUUCCUCAGAAAAUCAAGUGAUCCAAAAUCAUUGACAUUGGAUAUUAGCACUGCCGAGGAUGCAAUUAUUCCAAAAGAACUGAGGCAAACCCUACCUUCCCCAUCAUAUAAUGUCAAGCAACUGAAGCUGCAACUAAACGAGCCACCUAUUAUGUCAGGAAUGAACAAACUUGUGGAUGUAUUGCUUUGGAUUUCUCCUCAUCUUGAUGGUUUAAUUAUAGAGUGGGGGCUUGGUCCGGUAACAAGCUGCAUGGACAACAUAUCUUUCAAGUUCUCCUAUAAAAAGCCUAUAUAUAAAGUGGAGAAUACCAACUGUUGCAAACUUCUACCAUUUCCAUGUUGGCGGCAUUGCCUGAAGACUGUCCAGAUUGAAAGCUUAAGAGGAUCUGCAGAUAAAAAGAGUCUAAAGAAAUAUUUCUAUGAGAAUGCAGAAAACUUGAAGAGAUUUAAAUAUGUUGGUGGACCUCCAUAACCUAAAGGCUGAUACAUAAUUCCAUGAAAUAUUGUAGCAAAUUUUGCAUUGAAAUUAAAUUUUUGACUCCUUGAGAAACUCUUACAAGAGCAAUAACCAUAUGACAAUUAUUUUGCAGAAAUUAGAUAUUCU